AUGGGAAGGAAGAAAAUAGAAUUGAAGACAAUAGAAUGUCGAAAAGAGAAAAGUAGCAAAUUCUCAAAACGUAAGAAAGGGUUUUUAAAAAAGGCCGAAGAAUUGGCAGUGCUGUGCAAUACUGAUAUAGUUCUCCUCGUCUUUUCUCCCACCUCCAAGCCUAUUCUUUUCUAUUCGCAUUCUAGACCUCUUAGUAGAAUUUUGGAGAAGCUUUCCAGUAUGUCAGAAGAUGAACGAGAAGAGAGGUUGAUCUUUCGGGUUUUUUUCUAUUAUUAUAUAAAACUUUACUUUAUCUAUAUAAUAAAUAUGAAGCUUCAAGAAGAUGAUAAGCUAACUGAACUGAGAGAAGCUAGAGAACUGCUUGAUAGGAAAACAUCAAUUCUAAGAAAGUGGCAAGAACCGGAAAGAGUUGAUGAUUUGGCCCAACUCACAAUAAUGGAUGAUCAUCUAGUUUUUAAUCUUAGCAUGUUCAAAAAGGUAUUUAGGAGUUAA